AAUCUCAAUUUUUCUCGUCAAAUUUCAAUACGGAUUGCAACAGUUAAACGCCCGUAGCGGUCUCGGGGCCUUGCCUGCAAUGGCGCCGAUCGGAGCGCCCUGGUGAGGAUUUCUCAGGAAAGCUUUUUGCUAGCAAUAGCUUGGUGGUACGAGGCAGUCGAACGGUGACUUUUUGCAAAAAUAACAACGACGCUGAGCGGUGUUCGAUGAAUAACCGGGGCAAGUUGAGCUGGGGGGCCAGGCCCAAUCCUAUCACCAGCUACGAAUUGCUACGUGAUCUAUUGUUUGCUAUCGGGAACUGGGUAUUUGGCGGGCGUUUUCAAUUGCUUCCAAUGCCCCGGCAAGAUCUACCGGUAUACAGAAUGCAACGAAAGACAGGCCCCUCGAUCAAUAGCCGUCGGCUUGGGUGGACUUGAAUUUCGGCAAUGAAGUUACCAUUGCGGUAAAACUUACUUUAAUCAUGGUACGGAGGUCUUGCUAACAACAAACGUCUUCUUCCUUACUACAAGGAUCGCUACUGUCGGAUAGUAGUUGUCAUUUGUUUCCCGUGAGAUGACACCUAGUUGGGCGGGGGAAGAAUAGAACGCAACACGUCGCUGUCAAUUACCAAGCCGAAAAUUAGGGCUUAAACUAUAAGCUUGAUUUUCGGCUAAGAUUCAGACAUGACCAUGUAUCGAAGUGUGUAAUAUCAAGUGAAUAGUCUGAAUGGGAAUUCAUAAAAUCAAUCCACUUUUGAAAAUAGGAACGCCAGUUAUCUUGCUAUAUUGCUUUAAUUUCGGCUGAAAUAAAUACCACAGUGGGGUAAAAUGCAGUGAUUGUUCUGAGGGUCGUAGUAACGCCUAUAACCAAAUCAGUGAUAGCUUGUUCGUACGCAAGUUCUCACCUGGAUAACGUUAUGCGCAUUGGCUCUUAACUUAUUUUGAUAAGACAUGAGAUACAUCGUCUCAUACAUGUGUAUUAAUGGCAGUAACUAGUAAAAUGGACGAAAACAAACUUAAAGGAGUCGACAAUCCAAGAUUCCAUAUGGAUAACCUCAAACCUUAUCCGAAGCAAUUUUCCUAGCUGACGUUCAACUGCUCAUCUAGUGCGGUAGAUCAUAACUAGGUAACAAAGUUUUGCUCGGAAUGAAUUUUUAUGUGACUUGCUGCUUCCGGAUUCUAUGUAGCCACGGAUUUCUACGUUGCAAAUUAAUUGCAUAGAAAAGUAUCUGUAGAACUUCCGUGCAGCCGAGCUAAAUUCCAGUAACUUGACAGUUUUGUCCUCCGUUCCUUUUCAUUUGACUCUUUUUGUAUUCAGUAAAAAUAGGAUUUUAAAGCUAGUGUUUUGAAGUAGUCUUAAUAUAUAAUGAACAUUUUGAGUGUGUCACGUUAUAUGAAGGCCCAAUACAUGCUAACGACGAACCUUCGACAACGUGAACCUUCAUUGUUUCAAACAUCAAGGUUAAUUAAUGAACCAUAUGAGACUGACAACUCGAUUCAUAUACUUCGUAAUAAUUUGCAAGCUGAGGUUAACAACAAUAGGUCCAAAAGUGACCUUAGGUUUUACGUUUAUGCUGGCUUAUUUAACCUUCCGACGUUAAAGACAAGUACUAUUAAGCAGAUAACAGAAGAAAUAACAGUUGUAAAGUAUAAGAUGUGAAUAAUUGUUCAAAUUUACUAAAGCGAGUUACCUAGCCAUCACGAGCACGUAUUUCCAAAAAAUGAAAGACUGAAGAUGAUAGGCCCUUGAAUUUGCUCCAAGAGCCUUGAAAAUGAUGAAUGGAAAACGUGCCGCAGUUGAUAAGAAAAUUGAUUAGUAUGAAAGCGGCUUGAACCUAAUUCGCGUGGUGUGGCAAGUGCCAGGGUAAAUGCCCUUAACAAUUGCUCUUUAUUUCCUUUAGUGAGCUGACUAUUCUGGAAACCUCUAUCUAGUUCAGCCUGCUAAUUGUUAAACCCAGUAUGCCACCGAAAAAACGUAAAACCGCUGGAGAUUUAUUCAAGUGUGGUGGAUGUCAACGGAACUAUCAUGAACUGGACGAGUUCAUCGCACAUAAAAAGGAAUGCGAUGCAGAGCAGGACGCAGAAGAAAGCGAGAAUACCGCCGAGGAAGCUGACCAAUCGCCUAAAGAGCCACCAAAGAAGCGUGGCCGACCCUCAAAAGCUGAAUUAGCGGAAAGGGAACGUCGUCGUGAGGAAGAACGUCGUGAGGCAGAAGCUCUUGGCGGCUGUAACAAAUGCGACGGAUGUACUCGACAGGAAGAUUGCGGGCGAUGCGUACCUUGUCAGAGCCGACAAGGUCGCAUUAGCUCAGCGAGCGCCUCGUCGUCCUUAACGUCUGCUUCGAACACUGCAGGUGCAAAAGUGGCUACUUUUGCAGGAGGCGGAGGUGGCAGCAGCGAGAAUGAGAUGUGCAUUAUGCGUAAAUGCGAGAUGCUCACAGAUGAUUCCGAUGUGUUCAAGGCUAUUGGUGACCUGAGCCUUCCAGCAAUUGGAGAGGAUGGCGGGAGCUCACGACCUCGAAAGCAACGCCAAAGUAAAGCAGCGUGUACUGACUUCUUGAAACGUCUUUCUGGAUCUAUACGUUCUGGACCCGUCAUUCCAGCAGGUUCUGCGGCGAUUACAAUUACCAGCCCAGCCACAAUUUCUGCAGGAGCAAAAGAGGCAUCUCAUCAAGAUAAAGAAGUUUCUGAAACCCCCGGCACAACGAGCAAGCGUGUAGUGCCAUCCAUACUUCAGAGAAAAAAGCGACCGGUAGCAGCUUCAAGCAAUACGACGCCGGUUGCUGCUAUUGUCAGUCCCUCCACUACAUCUGCGUCAUCGAAUGUUACAACUCUGACAAAAGGCUCAGCAGCUCAGGUUUCAGCCGGAGUCCAGGGCGCGAAGUUCAUAACCACCGGACCAGUCGCAGGAAUUAGCCCGUCAGCAUUUUCCGCGGUCGUUGAAAGCGGACAACAGGUGCUGAUUGUAAACAGCGAUCAGUUGUCACUUCUGCAAAACUCACAGGGAAUCGUGGUGAUGCAGAGUGCUGAUCCAAAAACUCUUCAGGUGGAAGUCGUUCGUCUGAAUGAAGAAAAUGGCGCUGCUGGAUCGCUUCGAGCUGUCGGCCAGAAGGCCAUUAAGCGGGAGACAGUUGAAGAGGUAGCACCCACAGCCGGUGCUGGAGCAAGCACCGAGUCGGAGAACGCAGAGGACGAAGAGUAUGAUCCAACGCGAGUUCGAGCUCACAUCAUCCGAGGACCAGCUGCUUUCGCUCGCAAACGGGUUGUUCCUGUACCACCACAACCUCCGUUGAACAAAAGCGCAAGCGCCUUUGAAUUCCUUACUCCGGAGCAGCGCCGCCUGUUGGUCUGUAAAAAGAGCCGCUCGAAAUUGAUGUCAGCUCCGCGACAGCGCAAAAGUCGUUUGUUCGUUGUAGCCGAUGACGGCGUGACAAUUGAGAUAACCGGCGCAGCGCUGUCUGACCGCAAUAAGGCCGUUGAAAGGGCUGACGAAAAGAUGCCGUACGUACGCGAGAAGAUGGCGAUUAUGCAGAAUCAGGCUCAGGGCAACGCAGCAGGACAUGGCCAGAAUGGACCCCAUGCAGCCAGCGGCGUCUCCACUCACAUUCAAAUGAACACAGUCCUUUCUCAUCAACAGCCGCAGUUAAUGGAUACUGACGAGGACGUGCAGCAGUCACAAAUACAAACAGCAAAACAGCUUGCAGCUCACGCCUUGAAAAAGGAUCCACUGGUGCAUCUUGGUGCCCUUAAACAGAAAGCCCAAGCAGCACCAGCCUCUGCCGGUGCAAGUGCAACAAUCUCUUUGGAAGACUGUACGGCCGAUUUUGCUGACAUGAACUCGAUGCAAAAACUACCCAAUCAAGUGCAGCUAGUGGAAAGUGACCUGCCUCUUUCAGAAGCAGAAAACGUCGAAGGAUUGUUUGGAAACUAUCUAUUCAGGCAAAUGCAUUCGUCUCAGGAUCAGCUGCGAUGUUUAUUCUGCCGAGACAAGUUCACUUUUAAAUUUCUGGUUGAUUUGGAGAAGCACUAUCACGUUAUACACGAAGUGCAGACCAUAGCUACAAAAGCUGAGUUCUCCGAUUCAGCCGUGUUCAUUUGUCUGCCCGACGACGUGACUGAAGAAACACUUCUGAAGUCGGCUUGUCAGUUCUGUAACGCUACGUUGAGGACACUAGCCGAAGUGCGAGACCACUACACGCAAAUGCAUGAACGGUCGAUACGGCAUGUGUACGAAGGCCAGUUAGCAAAUUUAUCUAGUUCGUUUUACUGUGGCGCUUGCAAUUUUGCUUCUCCUACAUUCGAAGUGCAUCAUGAACACAUGAAAGCAGCUCACUUGCGUAUGACCUUUGUCUGCAAGUAUUGCAACUACUGUACGCCUAGGCCGGGCAGGCUGAAGGCGCAUGUGAAGCAGCGUCACCUUGACGGACAGCCAGGACCCCAUCUUCAGUGCACCGUAUGUUCGGUGUACGUGCACGGCCGGGAGCGUUUAACUAAACAUGUGUUACUGUCUCAUGCUGUACAGACGGGUCCGGCAAUCUGGUCGUGUGCGAAAUGUCUCGAACCUACGUCAAGUCACGAUGAGCUUCUUGCCCACAUUGCCAAAUGUCCCGAUCUCGUUCAGAGAAAAACGUCCGAGCCGAUCAAAAGGCCUAGCGGGCCAGAAGCAGGUGCCACCAGCUUCAAGUGUUUCCACUGCGAGCAGACUUUUACUGACAAAGAGGAGGUGGAACGGCAUAUUCUUGAAGACAAAUGUUCUCCUGAAUUUGGUGACCAUGACGCAGAGGGACUUGAUGAGAGCGCAACCACGUGUUUCCUAUGCAACGUGACAUUCAAGAAUGCUGAGCUUACUGCUCAACAUUUGCAUCACGUACACAUGAAAUGGGUUAAGAGAACUGUACGGUCAGCAGAUCAAAUGCCCGAAGUCACUAGUCAGGUGUGUCCUCUAAAUGAUGCUACGGAGAUCAUCAUGGAUCCUAGUGCCAUGUUGGAUAGGAACGAGGUGCCUUCGGAGGCACGCCUCAACCAGAUGGGCUUUCCUAGCAAGGUCGGCCAUUACUGCCAUCUCUGCGAUGUGGUUAUCAAAAAUUAUACUCUGUUCUACUUGCACAUGCAUAAUCUGCAUGGCAUGCAAAAACGAUUCAUCUGCGUCGUUACCAGUUGCUCCAAUACAUUUGAGGAAAGCGCUGCCUUUCAGGUUCAUGUUAGACUACACAACCAACGAGGUGAGCAUUUCUGUGCGAUGUGUGACAUGAUCUUCGAUUCUGGCGAAGACCUGCAAGAGCACUUCGUGAGCCCGCAGCAUGCCACACAGCAUAUGAGAGUUCAGGACAAGCAUAAUCGCUCGGAGCCUCGGAAUUACCGAUGCCGAGUCUGUCACACGUGGCAUGGUCUGCUAUCAACAUUCGUGCGCCAUAUGGAAACCGAAAGUCACCAGUAUCAAUGUCAACAUUGCGGACAACUGUUUGUGCAGCCAGCGCCUCGGCGCAACCACAUUCAGAAUGCGCAUCCAGAAAUGGCAAACAUUUGUGAAAUCUGCGGUGCAAAGGCAACCUCGGCCCAAGCACUAUGGUCACACCUCUCGCAGCAUAGUGUCGUGCACGAGUGCGCCAAAUGUCACCGGCGGUUUCUACAGAAGGAACAGCUUAUGGCGCACAUGGAAAUCCACGCCCCGCCUACACCUUGUCCAUGGGAGGGCUGCAAUCGACGUCUUAGUACAAAGGUGGGCUUGUAUAAUCACCUACGCCUGCAUCGGGGUGAAUGUGACUUCAAGUGCCAGAUUUGUGAUCGGGGCUUCUUUAAGAAGAAGUCUCUCGAUAUUCAUCUCAAAAGUCAUGAGAAUGCAGCUGCUGGAACACCCGUAGGGGGAGUCUCACUGUUAGGAUCUCGGGGAGGUUUACUCAAACCGCGUCCUGGCGGGAGUGCAGGCGCUCCAGAAGUCCGUCUUAUUUGCUCAGGUUGCUUAAAGGGCUUCGAUUCCGAGGCCGAAUUUGGGACUCACGAUUGCAAUUCGACAGCCGGUCAAGGACCAGAGCAAAUAUUUGUGGAUGCCAAUGGUCAGCCAAUUUUACCUCUUCCUAGCGGUCAUCAUGGCGCUAAUGGUGAGGAUAAUAUGUACCUGUCUGAAGGCGGCAUUGCGCUGUUAAACGCUUCUGGCCAAGAGGGCGUUGUUUCGAUUCGAAAGGAUCUCAACAGAGGCGUAGCAAUCAUGACACUACAAGAAGCAGGAACAUUGUUCAGCCUUGAAGUCGAAGGAGGUAGAGAAGGCAUUCACGAAAUCGAUGAGAACAUAGCCGUUCAGCUGUUACGGGCGGCCGCUGGUGACGAUGUAACCCAUCUGCAGGUGGAAGACAAAGGCCGAACGACGCAGUACAAAAUUCUCAAAUACCAUGAACAACAGAUUGAAGAUGACGGGGAGGCUACAGCGAUGGGCGCAGAAGCCGACGAAAGCGAAGGGCACGUCGCUACAAUGGAGUCUGGCGUCGAAGGCGAGCCCCUAGUGGGUAAACCGAAUGAGGACGUACACCACCACCUUGUUGAGCAAACAGCCGAUACCUGCGAAAAGAUCGUAAUGUCGGAUGUGACAGAAGCCCACGGAGCUAUUGAAGCAUCUGCUGUCGCUGGAACCCAGCUUGAAGACUCCGGCGCCACUAUGAUGGAGCAGCUAGGAACGGUAGCAGAACCGGGCGGUGUUUCCAAAGACCGAACUCAGACGGAGAUGAUCCUUGAAGAGCCUGAAGACGGUACACAGGACGCCUCCCAAGGCCAACAACAGCAUCAAGAUGUUACCGAUGCUGGUGGAGUUGGAGGAGGUCAAACGAUGGUCGUUAUGAUUAAUGAGCAAGCCUAUCAUAUUGCCAUUCCUGAAGGCGUUGAUCCCCAGAGCUUCGCGAGCAGUACCCUUGUUAAGGUGAAUCAAGAGGACGGCACCGAGCGGGUUCUUCUUGUUCCAGUGCGACCCGACGGCGACCUUCGCAUAGACGCCGGAAUUGCCAUAGACGGAUCUCUUCUAGACAGCUAGUGACAAUGACAUUUUCGUAAACACAAUAUUAUAUUAUACUAAUGACUUAACUCACCUGAUCUGUAAUUUAACCAACUCCGCUUAGGUUGAUGGAUGAUGAUUCGAUUUGAUGAAAGAAAUUGGCAGAUCUCGGAGUUAUAGCGUCCUGGUCUGAAUGCUAGCUGUUGAUGCUGUUGCUGCAAGCAAGAUCCACUGACGUACGAAAGUCAAAACCAGGCCACGUUCAGUGCAUUUCAACGAAAAAAAAAAUGACCAUACGAAAAAAAAACAG